AUGGGUAUGAGGUUAUACAUCUUUGCCGUUCUAACACAUGGCAUUUGGGUUCAAGAGCAAUCUUCAUAUUGCAAAAUAAUUAUUUUAGGCUACUUUCGUGGAUCGGAAGAUCAUCGAGACCCCUGUAGACUGUGCGAUUGUCACGGUCAUGGAGACAUAUGUGAUCCCGUUACUGGCGAAAAAUGCAAUUGCAAAAACAACACUGAAAGCGACAUCUGCCCUUCGGGACCGUCCGGAAAGAACUCGGCUCAACCGUGCUGGAUGCUUCAAUGUUCAAAAUGCAAAGAAGGUUACAUAGGCACGCCGAAAGCGGGUCAUCAGUGCUACAAACAAAUGUCGGUCGAUUCAAAAAUGUGCUUUGAUGCUAAACCGAUAGAUGAAUGCAAGAUGAAACCGAAACCUUUACAUCCAGGCGAAAUGGUAUUCUUUGUCGUACAGCCCAGGUUCAUGAAUGUAGAUAUUCGAAUAAUGAUAGAUGUCACUCAAGGCAAACUGAAUGUAUUUAUGAGCACCCAUGACGAUACUUAUGUUGUUUUUCCUAACGCAACCAGUGGAUUUCACGAAAUUGACUUUGAUCCACAAUACGGUUUAUGGGAAAACGGAUCUCAGAAAACUGAUGACGUAACAUUCGAGAAAGACGCAAUCGGUUUACGAACUUACAUAACAGUAGAACAGCCAAAAACUAUGUUGGCAUUAAAAGGUUUAAAGGAUCGAUUGGUAAUUACGUUACCUGAGGAGCAUCACAGUUUAGAAUCGACGCGAUUUUAUUUAGUUCUGCAAGCCGUCGACAGUCCCGAAUUGGAUAAAAAAGUUUCAUAUGGAAUUGUAUUUUUUAGACAAGAUCAACUACACAUUGACCUCUUUGUGUUUUUCUCUGUGUUCUUUUCGUGUUUCUUCUUAUUUUUGGCAGCUUGCGUCGUCGCCUGGAAGGCGAAACAGGCGGCCGACGUUCGGAGGGCGAGACGGAGACAUGUUGUCGAAAUGUUGCAUAUGGCCAAGCGACCUUUCGCAAGUGUCACCUUAAAUCUUGCAGCCAAACCGAAGCCAAGGAAAGCUACUCACUAUGAUCUAAGGCCAGUUGCGGUUGAACCUACCGGUACGUUUUUGUUACUUGCUUGUUUAAUCUAAGACCUAAGUGGUACA